CGUGUGUCAUGUGAACAGACAUGACAAAAACAGCCCUCCUUAAAUUACUUUUAGCAAUAGUGAUCACAUUCAUUUUAAUUUUGCCGGAAUAUUUCAAGACACCAAGAGGAAACAUGUUGGAGCUAUCAUGUCUGGAAGUACGCUUACAACCCGAUCUUACCUAUUCAUUCUCUUCCUUAAAUUUUUCUGUUGUGACUUUUCUGCAACCAGUAAGGGAAACUGAAACUAUGAUGGGAAUUUUUCUAAAUCACUCCAGCGUUCAAAACUUCACCAGGAUAUGCCCUGACAUCACAAGUGAAUUUCAAAUGUGCUCCUCGUGUUUGGUUUGUGAGUCCAAAGGAAACAUGGAUUUUAUUUCUCAGGAACAAACACCAAAAGUUCUUAUCAUGAGAGGAUCCAUGGAAGUGAAGGCAAAUGAUCUUUCACCUUGUCGCCAUUUUAACUUCACUGUAGCUCCUGCAGUUGACCACUCGGAGGAAUAUAACAUUACCUGUAAUCUAAAAACAGGCACCAGAACCUCAGCAAUGAUGGAGGAAGAGCCAACCACGGAAAAGUCUAUAGACCAUACUUGUGGAAUUAUGAAUCACUCGCAUAAUUGUGUACACAUUUCUUUGCACCUAGAAAUGGAUGUAAAAAAUUUCUCUUGUUCCAUGAAGAUCACUUGGUAUGUGUUAGUAAUAUUAGUUUUUAUAUUUUUGCUCAUCCUCAUUAUCCACAAAAUACUUGAAGUCCAUAGGCGAGUGCAGAAGUGGCAGAGUCAUAAAUACAAACCUUCAUCUGUUCUCUUAAGAAGUGAUUCUGAGAAACUCCGAACAUUGGAAAUGCGGGUAAUUUCAGCAGGGGCCAAGCAGAGGCUGCCCUCGACUCAGGUCAAGGUGGUGCUUUCUCCAAUACCAGAACUAGAAGUGCCUUCCCCGACCCAUCAGCGCGUAUACACGAACAUCCUUCUGAAGUCCUCUGAACAAGUUGGACAAAAUCCUUUUGAAGAAUACUCAUAA